GCGGCACCGGCAUCCAGGGAGGGUUUUCUUGCCUGAAAGGCACUGGGCAGCACAGAAGCACUGCUGAUCAGCAAGAGUCCAGUCCCAGGAUCAGAGUCGUGAGCAAGCCGCCCUGAAGACAGCUGAAGAGGCCGGCAGGCAGCCGGGAUGGGACACUGCUCACAAGACUACUAUCUCUGCUGGACCACCAGGCUCCUGAGAGUCAUUAACCUUCUCUGUGCCUGCUGCUCUUUAGCCAAGAGUUCUGGAGCUCAUGGUUCUGGGAUUAAAGAAUUUAGAACCCACACUUCUCUGAAGGCAAUCCGAGGAGGUUCUGUCUUGUUGCAUGCGAUCCCAGAGCCAGGAGAACAUACCAGGGUAGAGGAGAGCUCCUGGGGUUAUGGCCCUGAGUCACAGUCUAUACUACUGCUGAGAAUCCGGAAUGGGAAAGAAGACCCACAAUGGUUCGGCCUUGAGGACAAGUACAAGCAGAGGGUCCAGGUGCCCAACAUGACUUCCCUGAGGAUUCACAAUUUGACCUCACAGGACAGUGGGCAGUACUGGGCCCAGGUCACAUUUCCUAAAGGAAGACUAAUUAAACUAGUUUUUCACCUUGAUGUUUAUGAUCCUGUGCCCCCUGCCCAGAUCCGGGCCACAUCAGUGUCUAUCACACCCAGCUGGUGCAAUGUCACUCUGGAGUGUGGGGCCACAGGGGCUUUAGAUGUGCUGAAUGUAACCUGGGGCAGCAAGGGCCUCCCCACGGAGCUAGAGCAGAGAGGGACACCAGGAUCCACCGAUCCCGGGACCCUGGCCGUGAGCCUGCCUCUGAGCCAGCCCAAUGUCAGCCUCACCUGUGUCGUCAGCAAUCCAGUGGGCCAGAAAAAUGCCACCGUAGACCUUGUUGACAUCUGUAGCCAAGAUGGAGAGCUCACAGCUAGCCGCAUGCGAGGCGUUGUAGGGGCCCUCCUGGCUGUGUUUUUCAUCCUGGGAGUUGGAGUGUUCCUUUGGAACAUAUGUAAGAAGAAGAAAAAGAAGAAGAAGAUGGAGAUGGAAAGAGGAUUGCCGGAGGACCCGGGGGUCAAGGACGAUGGAGUCUACUAUGCACAGCUGGUGGAACCGGAAUCUCUGAAGGGCAAGCAGAAGGAUGUUGAUGAAAAACAUCUGGAAGGAAAGGAGCCUUGCACUAGUAUCUAUAGUGAGGUUCAGAGACCAGGCCAGGCCGUGAAGAUCACUUAGUUGGAGGAAGGAGGAGAAUCCAGCACUAGCGAGACACCUGCACUCCGAACCUGACACCGGCAGAUACCUACUUCCUCUGAUUUCCAUCCAGCUCAAGAUGUUGCUGGUCUGCAUUAGCCUGACCUGGUGGUCAUAUCUCUACCUCUUUGGGCACAUAUGACCCUGCCACUUCUUCUGCCACCUUCCCAAGCUGCCCUCACACUCAGGACUACCAUGCCAUCAAGCCAGGGUUCUUCCUGUCAUUGAUGUGGCUUUUGACCCCUCUCUUUCGGAAGCCUUCCCAAAGAGAACCUUGCCUGACUCUGCAUGUGGCAAAGUCUCACCACAUCUGCUGUGUCACUGGUGUCAUUCUGAGACCCCAGGUCCAGGUGUGGGGACUGUGAAGAAGUGCUGACUUUGCUCCAGCGGAGGGUGUUAAGAUGGGUUCUGCAUGCUGAAUUGGGAUUGAGGGAGGCAGCAUGACUUCCUUUCCAGGUUUUCCUUCCUUUCCUUGUGUAGGGUUUUUCUGGAGCUGAGUGUGUGUGUGUGUGUUGGGAGAGUUUCUAGUAUACAUUAUACACCUGGGCCAGAGUUGCAUUCCUGAAUAUCUGUGCUAACCUGGACUUAAGCCUCAAUCUCCUGCAAACCCUUCUUCCUGUAGACUGGGAAAAGGAAGCCAUAUCAUUUCAGACCCUUCUCAAUUUUCUCUUUCUGGGAGAAUGACCCUGGACCCCACAGACUGGGGUUGCACUCUUAACAAAACUGCUUCAACUCUGCUCCUGGCCCAGGAAGGGGUCACUUGGUAGAAUGGGUGGGUAAUGUUCCCUCACUCCGCUCGGGGACAGCUGUGGUUGUGAAGCUUGCAUCCGACCUCUGAUACAAGAGAUUCAAACAGCGUCAUGAGGACAGCCCUCUCCAGCCUCUGCUCCUGACCCUCAGCCUGCUGCAGCCCCGCUGCCCCAAAUCUAAGGUCAGCUCCUCUUUUGUUUUUGAGAGUCAGACAGGUUUAUUAGCAAAUGGCCUAACAUAAUAUUAAAAAUUAUAUUAAAAACUAUCAGUUUGCCUUA